AUGUCGAAUUUAUCAAAGCUUGAGUUCAUGGCACUUGACAUUUCUGGAAAUAAUUACUUGUCAUGGGUACUCGACGCUGAAAUUCACCUUGACGCUAAAGGUCUUGGUGCCACUAUUACCAAUGGUAAUACGACAUUGAGUCAGGACAAAGCAAAGGCAAUGAUUUUCCUUUGUCAUCAUCUGGAUGAAGGAUUGAAGGUUGAAUACCUUACGUUGAAAGAUCCACUUGAAUUGUGGACUGGUUUGAAGGAAAGGUAUGACCACCUUAAGGCAACGCAGCAAUACCGUGACAGGGGAUUCAAAAAGUAUUAUGAGUUAAUCUCAUGCCUUCUUGUGGCUGAGCAACAUAAUAAUCUUUUAUUCAAAAACCAUGAGGUCCGUCCCACGAGAAUUGCUCAGUUACCGGAACCAAAUGAGGUUGAAGCACAUGGCCAGUCUGUGAGAAGACAAAAUAAAAAUCAAGGCCAAAAUAAUAUGCGUGGACGUGGCAAUGGCAGGGGACGAUAUAAUAAUGAUCGUGGUGGUGGUCGCCAUAAAAGGGAGAACAAUAUGGGUUCUCAAAGAAAUCCUUCAAGAGGCAAUUGUCAUCGUUGUGGCAUGAAAAGGCAUUGGAAGAAUGAAUGUAGAGCAGCUAAGCAUUUUUGUUAG